AUGGGUCAAGCAUUUAGCGGUCCAAAUGCCUUCAAAUGGCUCAACUUCACGCCAAAAGCUACAGCUGUCAUUCAAGCAUCACCAUUUCUUCUAGUCUCCCUAUUUCUCACCCUUAUUGGCUUACAGUUUCUGGGUCUUCUGGGUUACUACAUCCACUACGAGACCAGUAAAGCAUACAAGAAGCCCAAAUCAGCUUCGACGUAA